AUGCAUUCUCGGCUACUACGCGCCUCCCUGCUCGUCGUCCUCGCGCUGUGUGUCGCGCGAGUACACGCCCACACCAUCGACCUCGACGCCGGCGCGAAAGAGUGCUUCUUCGAGGAUUUGCAUACCGAGGACAAGAUGACCGUGACGUAUCAAGUAGCAGGCGGCGGUCACCUGGACGUCGACUUCUGGCUCACCGGACCCGGGAACCGGGUCAUGAACGAGCAGCGCAAGAAGGACACGGGCACGUACUCGUUCACGGCCGAGCAGGACGGGCGAUACACGUACUGCUUCAGCAACGAGAUGAGCACAGUCAGCGGGAAGACGGUCAGCUUCAACGUGCACGGCAUCAUGUAUGUCGAGGACGACGGCCACACGGCACCCAUUGAGCGCGAGAUCCGACAACUUUCAGCGGCACUUGAGGCGGUCAAGGAUGAGCAGGAGUACAUCGUUGUCCGCGAGCGACUGCAUCGAGACACUGCCGAAUCUACAAACGACCGCGUCAAGUACUGGUCCAUCAUCCAGACCAUCAUGCUCUUCGCCGUCUGUGGCUGGCAGAUCUUCUACCUCAAGCGCUUCUUCGAGGUCAAGCGGGUUGUAUGA